AUGCAGGAACAGUUCUUAGGUCCUGAAGCGGAAAGGUUUUGUCCGAAACAGGAUCUGUAUCUCAGUCCUCUCUGUAGGAUAGAAAUCAACAUAAAAUUGCCAAAGUUCACUAUCCCUGGUCAAUCUAUCUCCAACUGGGACCUUAUGGAACGACUGAAAAAAGGCAUUGCACCACUUCAAUUCGCUUCAAUCCGCGUCACGGAAAGUUCCCUCGAAGGGGUGACUUUGGAGGCCGAUCUACUCUCGAAGAAGAUCAUGAAACAAGCGAUAAAGAUCUUGGAGUCAUUAACAGUGAAGGUUAGUGGAUUCAGCGAUCCUGUGCGGGUACGUGCUGCGGAAGCAAGGUCCGAUUUCCCCAGGCGCCAUGAUUGGGACUUAUUUUUCAUGAAAAACAAAUUAGAUGAAAGUAAACCUGGUGAGCGGCCGGAUACCGUCUAUCUCUCCAAAGUGCCUAUCAAGUGGUUCGCUGAGAAAGGUUGUGAUAAACCAAGCGAGGAUCUUCUCAAGGCAGCUAUGGAGUCUUUUGGCGCUGUGCGAAUGGUUGACAUACCAUCUUGCGAUGAGCUUCGCAAGGAGAUGAGUCCACAAAUUAGCGGCAUUAAAAGCAAAGGUUUUUCGUUCGGGCAGGAUGUCUUUUUCGAGGCUUACGUUCAGUUCACUGAAUAUAGUGGUUUUGCUAUUGCUAUGGAGUCGUUCCAAAAUAUGAAAUGGACGAAAAGAAUCGAUGGUAAAGUGUUCCAUGCCAAUGUUAAGGUGGAUUUCGAUCGUACCAAGCAUUUAAGUGAAGCGAUUAUUAACCGCAGACAGAUCGAACGAGAAAGAAUUCUUGCCGAAAGACGGCGGAUAGUUGAAGAAGAGAAGCGUCGAAUUGCUGAGCAAGAGGCAGAAGCACGUCGACUCCUAGAAGAGAAAGAGAUGCGGAGAGAAGAACGUGAACGGAAAAGGAAAGAGAAGUACGAAGCUGAGCGAUUGAGGAAGGAAGCAGAACGCUUGAGACGUGAAGAAGAAGAGAGAUUAGCUAAAGAGGCUGAGUUGGCUAGGCUUCGGGACAUCGAAGCUCGAGUUGUCGAGUCAAGACGCCUUCUUGAAUUUGUUUUCGCUCGUAUGCAGCGAAAAGAAGACCGCCGAAAGGAAGUGCAAGAAGCACGAUUAAGAGCGGAGCAACGUGUUGUUGAAUUGGAAGAUAUUCGUUCAGAAGAAAAGGAGCAGUUUUUACGGACAAUGCUGCUACGCCAACGUGAGAUGCGCAUGCGUGAAGAGCUGAAGGAAAAGAUGGCCAACGCUGCCAAGCAGGGUACAAGUCAUCCUAGCUCUACUGGAGCGACGUCGGAACCAAGCAAUUCGCAUGACCGUCCAUCCAGUUCAUUUACUGAUGUGUCUUCCAAUGUGAAGAUCGAACGUUUCCACUUCAAGUUUGAGUUUCCUUAUGUAUCUUCCGCGAAUUUAAAACCAACGUAUCGCGAAAGUGAUGUCUCUGUGGAAGAAUAUACAGUUCAGGGUGUAGAUUACGAGAGACCAUCAGAUUUCAUGGGUGACGUCGGUCAUCGUUUGCGAAAUGCCGAAGAACGAGCAGUGGUGCUUCAAAUUUUGAAGGAAGCAAAGCAGGAACUUUUAUGGGAUCAAGACUGUUGUGCGACAUUGGAAGGAAUUGUUGACGAAAUUGACAAAAUCGACAGAUAUUUGACUCAACAUGAAGUAUCCUCCUAUGUUGACAGUUUGUUCGCAACUGCCAAUCCCCUCUACGCCCUUCCUGUUCUUGUAUCUCAUGUGUCACCGCAACGACUGGAUGAUCGUAUAAUCUUUUGGCUGACUUUGUGCAUUCGCCAAAAUCUUUGCCGCACGUUUAAAGACAGUGUUCAACAAAAUAUCGAUGAUUUUAUGUACCAAAGUUACGAACAUUUCAUCUCGUGUCUGGUAUUCUUACGUGAAAAAGCAUUCAAUGUGAAUGCUAAGGUUCGAGUCCUCAACAGCACAUCUGACAGCCUUCAUGCUAUAGAGAAUGCGAUUUGCUCGGCGCUGUCCUGUUCCUUGCAACAUGUAUAUGAUUUGGUGAUUGCCGAGAAAGAUGUUGAUUUACGCAUUAUUUCCUUGCUAAUUGCAAAGAGUCGCACAAUAAUAGUCCAAGAUUCGACGUUACUUCAUUUUGUGGUGAGGUACUUGUGUAGUCAGAGUGAAUCACCUGUAUGGGAUCGUAUUUCACAACGAUUGUUCACGGACGAAACCAUUAGUACUCGAGAUUCAGAAGCGUUAAUUACAGCUGUAGUAUUGUCUGCAUCAUCAACAAAAGAUCUACUGCGUUGUUUUGGAUUCUCGAUACGUCGCAAUUCAAUCAUUCGUCGUGUAUGCUGUACCAAACUCCUCCUACAGCGGACAUGUGAUCCACUUGUGGUAAUAACAAUCGCUGAAUAUCUUCACACAGCUGCAACCAAAGAAAUUUACUUGCAGACAAUCGAGGAGGUGGUUUCUGUAUGGUCUGAUCCAGCACAUGUUCGAUAUGUUGCUGUUGAGCAGCAGGCUCACCUCACCAGAGUUGUCUUAGCAAUGGGUCGUUGGAUCAAUGACCUCGGACUUACGGAUGCAUGGCAGAAGCUUUUUGACCUAGCUAUUCAAGGUGUGGAGCAGCGUCUGUCACAUCCAGACGUUAUAAUCCGUCAGUCUGGGAUGUUCGUGGGAGAGACAUUUUCUAUGUGGAUGGGAGGCGAACGUCUGGAAUUCGACUACCAAGAUGACAGCUGGCUGAGGGAAAUGCGAAGCAUUCGAGAUGGUGAAGUUGGUGAGAUCAACCAAUCAGAAACGUUGCUGCCAUUAGUGCCCACCGUAGAUCCAGCAAGCAUACAGAUGCCAAGCUCAUCCAGCUGUGUGAUUAAUACGCAGCCGAUUGAUAGUGACGACGAAGAGGACUUCGAGGCAUACGACGUUCCAGAGAGCGAAAAAAAUAUUGAGUUGGCGUCUGAUGGUGAAGAGCCUGAGAGAACUGCCCCUGCUCCUAGCUAUAUAAGGGACUGUCUGGAACAGCUAGCUGAGAAGGAAAAAUACGAGAAAUUCGAAGCCGCAUUCUUUGCUGUCAAUGGUAUGAUAAGGAGGAAAGCAGUAGGAUUUGUUGACAUCGCUGAUCAGUUAGCUAAAAAGCUGGUGUUUUUGGAAAAUAACUUCUCGACAAAGAAAUUUGAGGAAACACGAAAACAGUGCAUUAUUUCUUGUUUGGUUAUGCGACCAGAAUUGGCUCCUAAAUUGGGAGAGAUUAUUUUCUCUCGAAAUUGCUCAUUUUUCCAUCGAUACUUGAUACUGGAGUGUUUCCUUGCAGCAGCUAAAGAACUGUCAGAAUUUCAGAAAGAACCAAAAAAGAUCGUUGAGGUAGUCAAGAAAGAAAAAGAGCUCAGUGACUGGAGAUCAAUAGUGGACGCACGAAUCCGUUCUCAUACGCGAAGGUUCACAACAGAGAAGAAGCCGGAAUUCACAUCUCCUUGCCGGUUCGCGAGCGUUGCUACAUUAUUUUUUUAUCCUCUUUUGAGGACAAAGACUGAAGAACACCUAGAAUUGAAGGGUCGAGACUCACCAUUUUUGGCUCGAUUGCUAUUUUGUGCAAGUGAAAUACUACAAAAGGCGGCAAGUGCUCCCACCGUCGUGAGAAUGGCUGGUGCCUUGGCAGAACUUGUCACACCUUUGCGGUUCCAUCCGGAUAGCUUCAUUCGUUCAUCUGUCCUUUUUGCAUACUUCUCUAUCGCUGUUGCAGUACCAGAAUCGGUGUUUUUCGAGUUCUUUGGUGCCGUUGUGCGAGGUUGGAUCGAGUGGGCACUUUCUUGUGCAGAUGACGUCGAUUCUGCCGAACACCAACGGAACCUCGCUAGGAGUGUGGCAUCGGUGUUAUUGGAGAAGAUUGACGGAACUGCAACUGUUCAGGAGUCUAACGGCGCAUCAAAUGUAUUGUAUUCAAAGUGA